CCCUCCAUUAUUACCAUCUUAACCUCCGAAUAUCCCUCUCUUCUCUCUCCCCAAUUCCAUAAAUGACUGCACUCUCCUGAACGCAUCGCACUGCAUUUGGGUUCCUUUCCCUCCCACCGCCAAACAAAACUCCAAACCCUAAAUCUCUCUCUUCCUUUCUUCCUCCCUUCGUCGGAAACAUGAGAGAGAUCUUGCACGUUCAGGGAGGCCAAUGUGGCAACCAAAUCGGUUCCAAAUUCUGGGAGGUCAUCUGCGACGAGCACGGCAUAGAUCCCACCGGAAAGUACAACGGUCUUGGAAACUCCGACAUCCAACUCGAAAGAAUCAAUGUCUAUUACAAUGAGGCAUCUGGCGGAAGGUACGUUCCUAGAGCUGUUCUUAUGGAUCUCGAACCUGGGACCAUGGACAGCAUCAGAUCUGGCCCCUACGGCAAGAUCUUCCGCCCUGAUAACUUUGUCUUCGGACAGUCCGGUGCUGGUAACAAUUGGGCCAAAGGUCAUUACACAGAAGGCGCUGAGUUGAUCGACUCCGUUCUCGAUGUUGUUCGUAAAGAGGCUGAAAACUGUGAUUGCUUGCAAGGUUUUCAAGUGUGCCACUCUCUUGGAGGAGGCACAGGUUCCGGCAUGGGAACACUUUUGAUAUCAAAGAUUAGGGAGGAAUACCCAGACCGAAUGAUGCUCACUUUCUCUGUUUUCCCAUCUCCCAAGGUUUCUGACACAGUUGUGGAGCCGUACAAUGCCACUUUAUCUGUACACCAACUGGUUGAAAAUGCAGACGAGUGCAUGGUUCUUGACAAUGAGGCUCUUUAUGACAUUUGCUUUAGGACAUUGAAACUCAGCACUCCUAGCUUUGGCGAUCUCAACCAUCUUAUUUCUGCAACCAUGAGUGGGGUUACAUGUUGUCUUAGGUUCCCUGGACAACUGAACUCUGACCUCAGGAAGCUGGCUGUGAAUCUGAUUCCAUUUCCCCGUCUUCACUUCUUUAUGGUGGGGUUUGCACCUCUCACUUCUCGUGGGUCUCAGCAGUAUGUCUCCCUUACGGUCCCAGAGCUGACUCAGCAGAUGUGGGAUGCCAAAAAUAUGAUGUGUGCUGCUGAUCCUAGGCAUGGCCGAUACCUGACUGCAUCUGCUAUGUUCAGGGGAAAGAUGAGCACCAAAGAGGUAGAUGAACAGAUGAUCAAUGUGCAGAACAAGAACUCGUCGUACUUUGUUGAAUGGAUUCCCAACAAUGUGAAGUCCAGUGUGUGUGAUAUUCCUCCCAAGAAUUUAAAGAUGUCAUCCACUUUUAUUGGGAACUCAACAUCAAUUCAGGAGAUGUUUAGGAGGGUGAGUGAGCAGUUCACUGCUAUGUACAGGCGCAAGGCCUUUUUGCAUUGGUACACUGGGGAAGGAAUGGACGAGAUGGAGUUCACAGAGGCAGAGAGCAAUAUGAAUGAUUUGGUGGCAGAGUACCAGCAGUACCAAGAUGCAACUGCAGAUGAGGAAGAAGACUUUGAUGAAGAAGGUGAGGAGGAGCAGUAUGAUCAUUAGCUGGAUCAAACUUAGGCUAUGCCUAAUGGUAACUACCAAUGCAUCAUCUACCUUUGCUGCUAUUCGUGUAUCUACAACCUAUGAACUUUCACUUUCAUUCCCAUUUAUCCGUUCUUACAUUUUGCCAAUUUCGUUGUUAAAUGUACUGCUUUUGAAUUGUUUGGAAUGUGCGCGGUGGGACAAUAGUCGAUUAUUCUAUCUGUUUAUCCAAAAGCUUCAAGUCACUAUUAAUUAUUUUUUAUUUCA